ACCUUCUGGUACUCCUUGCUUUCAUUUUCUUUUCUGUAAUUCAUGUUAUCUUACCCACUUUAUUCAGUAGAAGAGUGAAAGAUUAAUACAAUGCCCAGUCCUAUAGAUACUUUGGAACAACAAAAUGAAGGUGGUCAGUGCAUUUCCCUUCCAAUUGGAGAUCCAGAAAGUAUAUUGGUGGCAUCUAUCCAAGAAAGAUUAAAUGUUGUCCCUCCCUUGUCCUCAAAGUUCUGUAUUUAUCGUGUUCCUGAGAAACUCCGCAAAAUAAAUGAAGAGGCAUACACACCUCAGUUGGUCUCCAUUGGCCCUUUUCACCAUGGAAAGGAAAACCUAAGAGUGAUGGAAAGACAUAAAUGGCAGUAUCUACGUUCAUUUGUAGAUCGAAGACCUGACAUAGACUUGUCAGAAUAUGUCAAAAAUAUGAAACAGAUAGAAGAAAGAACACGCCAAUGUUAUGCCGAAAUCAUCAGCUUCAACAGUGAUGAAUUUGUAACAAUGAUGCUAGUUGAUGGAUGUUUCAUCCUCGAAUUUCUCCUCAGAAAUUUGCCACUUGAAGUGAAUAAUAGAGAAGAUCCUGUGUCUAGUAACCUUUGGUUGUCUAAUGCCAUAAAAUGUGACCUUAUACUGCUCGAAAAUCAGUUGCCCUUCUUUGUUCUUGAGUGUUUAUACAAAUUAAACAAAGGAUACGGACACAAUUCCCUCAUUGAAAUUAUUCGCUUUUCCUUUUCACGUAUGGUGCCAAAGGAGGAACAAGAGUUGAGGGAGAAUUCUAAAUGCUCCCAAGUAAAGCAGCUGCUUGCUUUUGUUUGUGAUUGUUGCUCCUCUUCAUCCUCAUGUGCAUUGCUGAGAGAGAAUGGAGAAACAGAUUCAGAAUCAACUGAAGAAAUGCGCGAACAACUCUUCAGACCCUCCCAAGUAAAGCAUUUGCUUGACUAUGUACGGGACUGCUAUAUCCCUUCAUCAGCUAAUACAUCAUUGGGAAAUGAGGAGCUUGAACUUCCCCACAAUGUGACACAGCUUCGCGAAGCAGGAGUCAAAUUUGAGGUGGGCAAAGGCAAAUGCUUAUUGGACCUAAGUUUUAAGAAAGGAGUUUUGGCAAUCCCAUGUAUAAAUAUCCAAGAUUGGACAGACUCUCUCCUCCGAAAUAUGAUUGCGUUUGAACAAUUACAUUGUGUUGGCACUAAAUACAUCACGGAUUAUGCGACCCUCUUGGAUAGCUUCAUUGACUCAUCCAAGGAUGUUAUAUUGCUACAUGAGCGCGGUAUUAUCAAAAGCUUGUUAGGAGAUCAUGAGCAGGUGUCUCUACUUUUCAACAAACUUGUCAAUGAGGUUAACAUUGAUGCUGGUGAUUUUUAUUUUAGUGAUAUCUGUCAAGAUUUGAAUGCGUAUUACAGGGUUACUUGGCAUACAUGGAAGGCAAAUUUGAGACAUACUUAUUUCAACACGCCAUGGACAAUAAUUUCAGUUAUUGCAGCAGCUGUGCUGCUUGUUCUUACAUUCUUACAGACCAUAUACUCUAUCAUAUCUGCUAGUUGAAAUUAUAUCUAUUGCUCAAAUGGAUUGAUUGAAUAGUCAAC